AUGCCCGGCGAGACCACCUACGAGAAGAACGGCGGCGUGCAGAUCAACACGAAGCUGCUGGCCAGCUACGCGCUCAAGUUGAUCAAGGAAGCCGAUUCCGCUCACCUGUCCGGCUUUGCCGACACGGGCCUGAAGGACAUGGGCAACGCCGGGGACUUGCUCACCAAGAUGCACUACCUGCUCACCGUCAUCGACAUGUUCGAGUUUGAGAGCAAGGAGGAGUUCAACGCCAAGGAGGCUAUCAAGAAAUUCCACGAGGCGGUCAAGAAACCGCCGAGCGAUGGCAAGAAAAAAAUCGUCGACGCAGCGAAGCAGGCCGUGCUGGAGCACUUCUCGGGUGACGACGCUGCCAAGACGCCCGCCGUGACGACCACGCCUGGAACGAAGGACCCGAGCGUGGGGGCGCUGAAGUUCUCGCCGGGCAUGGAGGUGAAGUUCGAACAGAGGCUGAAGCUGCACCUCGCCACGAUGAAGCUGAACAUGACCGCGAGCGAGCAGAACCUCUCCCUCUUCUGCAUGUCUAUCACGGACAUCCAGUCUGCCGUGAACGAGGUGUUCAACAGUGUGGUCAAGGUCGCGAAGAUUCACAUCUGGAACCACGCGAAGAAGCACGUCGAGCUCCUCAAGACCGACGGCGACACCGCCAGGAAGUUCCUGGGUAACUUCAAGCUCAUUCCCCCCGUCGAGUUCCUCGAGGGUGGUGCAAAGGACGCGGAGGACAUCGUUGCGGUUUGGAAGACUGUCGGCCCGCUCGAGCCCACCUAUCCGGCUGGGCACGUUCAAAAGGCGAUCAACUACGACGACGCUAUCGAGUUCCAUGACGCGAUGAGCUCGAUGAGCGGGAUGAGCUCCCUGACGCUUGCGCCGUGA